UGGCAUUAAAUCAAUUUAAUCUUCCUUCAUGAUGGUACGCUAUCGACAGGCUACUGCAGGAGAUACAUGCUGAUGAUCAUCUUUACGAAAGCCUUAAGCAUACAUUACAUCUGCGCCUCAAUGUCUGACUCUCUUUAGACUACCCCUUAAAAGAUCUUUCGUAUUCGUUUUGGUCGGUUGGUCCCUGCGCAAACCAGCCUUAACAGGUGUUUUGUGUUGUGUAAGACUGUGCCCGAAGUAUAGGAUCCACAUAAGAGCGCAUCAAAUCCCCCCUCGCCCUUCUGGGUCUCUCUCUUGUCGCAAGUUCGUUGCAUGCGUGGCAAAAAGAGCAGAUCCGUUUAUGCCCAGCAUUGUCUCAUAUAUCAAUUGCUUUGUUUCCCUCCCCGCUCAUUCUCUGCCGGUUCGAUGUGAAACUCCCUCGUCCCCCUUUUCCUGUCCUUCAUCCGAUUAGACCAGCAUGUCUUCUUCCAUCCAUCAGGUGGAUGGUUCCCCAUUGUUACGGCCGCGUGUCAUUCCGGCCAUAAAGAAGUCCGCGGAUCCUACGUCAGUCCCUCAGCUGGCAAGUCUGGAAUCAAGCGGCCAGACGACUCCUGUCCCUGAAGAUGCCCCGCCUUCCCUCCAUUCGAUUUCCACGGCCCGAAAGCAAGCUCGCGCGCGUACACGCAUCUUCUAUACCAUCGACUAUGUGCCCCGAGUAUCCCACUUCGACCCCAGAAGCGACUACCGCAACUUCCGCGGUUUCUAUACCCUCUUUUGGAUUGCACUAUUCAUCAUGGUUGUCACCACAGCACUUCGGAAUAUCAAGGAUACUGGUUACCCUUUGAGGGUGAGAGUCUGGAGCCUUUUGUCGGCAAACGUGUGGUCCAUGGGCUUCAGCGACCUGGCUAUGGUGGUAAGUAGUGCUGCGGUGCUACCCCUCCAUCGCAUCAUCAGGGCGCACGGUGGCUUCUUGCGCUGGAAAGGAGGGGGCAUGGUGAUGCAAAGCAUCUUCGAAGCAGCCUGGGCUUGUCUGUGGAUCAAUUGGCCCUUCAUGAUGCGCUGGACCUGGACCGCGCAAGUGUUCUUCACCCUCCAUACACUGACGAUCCUGAUGAAGGUUCACUCAUAUGCCUUCUAUAAUGGUCAUCUCAGCGAGACUGAGCGCCGUUUAUCCUCCCUCGAUAAACCCGGCUCCGUAUCAAUGGAAGCUCCUGUGCCGUAUCCGGAUGCCUCCCCGCGGCGACACGCGGCAACCCGGCGCCACAGCCAUCACGCACGAUCCGAAUCAGUCGCAGAGUUGCGCGAGGACCUAGCCACGGAGCUGACCUCUCCAAUGGGCAAUGUCACAUACCCACAGAAUCUAACGGUCACCAACUAUGUUGAUUUCAUCUUCUGUCCCACCCUGUGCUACGAGUUGGAAUACCCUCGGAACAGUGACCGGGACUGGAUCGAAAUCGGCUUGAAGACCCUCGCGAUCUUCGGGUGCAUUUUUCUCCUGACACUGACGAGCGAAGAGUUCAUUGUCCCAGUCCUGAGUGAAGCCAACAUCCAGCUUCACACGGUGUCAAGCAUGACAGAAAAGGCUCUAAUCAUGGCGGAGACCAUCAGCAUGCUUCUCUUCCCUUUUAUGAUCACCUUCUUGCUUGUGUUUUUGGUCAUCUUCGAGUAUGUGCUGGGCGCUUUCGCCGAGCUGACCUGUUUCGCCGACCGGCAUUUCUACUCGGAUUGGUGGAAUGCGUGCGAUUGGCUCGAAUUCUCGCGUGAAUGGAACAUCCCCGUGCACCACUUCCUCCGCCGCCACGUCUACUUCUCUUCCCUAGCGAACUUCUCCAAACCAGUGGCCAUGUUCAUCACCUUCCUCGUCAGCGCCAUCGCCCACGAACUGGUCAUGAGCUGCAUCACCAAGAAGCUCCGCGGCUACGGCUUCCUGGCCAUGAUGCUCCAGCUGCCUAUCGUCGCGGUCCAGCAAUCCAAGUAUAUCAAGGGCAAGACCAUCCUCAAAAAUUCCUUCCUCUGGCUAUCCAUGAUCCUCGGCCUAUCCAUGAUGUGCGCGCUCUACGUCCUUGUGUGAUACUGCAACCGUACAAUCCACACCUUUAUAUACAUACGUACAAAUACACCAGUUAUAACUGACAAGCCGAGGGGAGGCGCAAUACAUACACACGCCACCAACCCCACUUAUACCAU